AACGUACUGCUGUGCCUAUUGUUUUUACAAUUGUAUCCAUUUGCUUUUUUUAUAGUUUGCAUUCCUCCAUUUCUAAGACGAACAUUCAAAGUUGGGCAACUGGUUUUGCAUUUAUUUGUCUACUGAUUUCAUCUCAGAAGCGCCUGCCAGAGCUCAAACUCACCACAGCAAGUGAUGAUGACUGCUCACUUUGUCCUCCUUUUGACAGCUCUAACAGAAGCAGCUACAUGUCUGUUAGUAAGAAGACAUAUUUAUGUGAAUGUGUCUUUGACCUGGUCUGAUGCUCAGAAAUACUGCAGAGACAACUAUGAAGACCUGUCGACCAUUGACACUGAAGACGAAAACAAGAAUUUUGCAGGAGCACAGAUCAAUGACUUUUGCUGGAUUGGCCUGAGCAAGAGAGAGAAUGAGACAUCCUUUAGUCAGUGGUCUGAUGGAAGCAAGGCAGAAUUACAAAAAUUUAAAUCUGGAGAACCAAACAAUCCUAAAUAUGAACACUGUGUGGCUACGAACAAUGAUGAGUGGUAUGAUGCAUACUGUACAACAAGUCGGAGGUUUUUCUGCUACAAAUGGGUACCUGAGCUGAUCAUGGUGCAGGAGAAAAAGAAGUGGGAGGAAGCCCUGGAGUACUGCAGAAAUUACUACACUGACCUGGUGAGCUUGACCACAGAGGGAGAACUGCUUGUUGCCAAAAAGAAGAGUGUGAAUGCUCAGACACACAGUGUAUGGACAGGUCUGUAUUUCUUGGAUGGCUCAUGGCUGUGGGCAAACAACGACUCUCUGGGGAGCGAUGUGUCACUGCCCUCAUGCCCUGCCCAGUUUCUCCGCUGUGGAGCCCGAAAAUCUGGAGCUGAUCACUGGGAGAACAGAGACUGUGAAGAGAAACUGAACUUUAUUUGCUAUCAGUGAGAAGGAUGUGUUUCUCAUAGCUCAAUAGCAACUACAUCAACAAUGUCAGGUUCAUAUUGCUAUACAUAACUGAAUGUUUUGGGGCUUCCUUAAUAAAUUGAUGAUAGUUAAAUAAAGCAAAAAAUGCCUUUAGGCCUUUAAGUCAUAUCAGUCUUUCAUAAGUUGGAAGAGAUCUCUGUAAAUGAAACUGAACAAAAUGAUAAAGAUUGUUUUUUUUUAUUUUGACUAGGUUAAUACAGGUGCAUGUUCAACAGCGUUGUCCAGAGAUUGUAAAGCCAUUGUAAAAACCUAUUAGUAUCUUAUGCA